AUGAACAAGCAACAAUACUCAGACAUUUCUCAAAGAGUUUCAAAUCAGAGAGUGAUGCUUGAAAAACUUCAAAAUGAUAUUCAAAAAGACCCCCUUAACAACCACUUGCUGGAAGAAGAAAGAGCUGUGGCAUUUUAUCUCAUGUUUCUUUUAAGGAGUAAGGAAAGCUUCUACAAACAAAAAUCUAGGAUUCAAUGGCUUCAGCUAGGUGACUCUAACACUAAAUAUUUCCACAAUUCCAUCAAGCAGAGAAGAGUCAGAAGUAGUAUUCCUCUUCUUAAACUGGAUCUGGGAACCAGAGUCUCUGAAGAAGAAAGCAGUUUGUUAAUGAGGAGCAUAUCUGAAGAGGAAGUGAAGUCUACAGUUUUCUCCAUAGGCUCAGAUAAGGCAGCAGGGCCUGAUGGGUAUAAUAGUUUCUUUUUCAAGAACUCUUGGAACACAAUCAAAAAUGACAUGAUCAAAGUUGUGCAGGAGACAUUCAAUUCUGUUUUAACUGCAAGAUUGAGUCCUAUUCUUAUCAAUCUCAUCUCUAUGAAUCAAUCUGAUUUCAUUCCUAAAAGGUCCAUUGCUUAUAACAUUUUGUUAGCCCAUGACAUUGCUAGGAAUUAUCAUAAAAACUCUGGAAAUCGCAGAUGCCUUAUGAAAAUUGAUCUUAGGAAAGCACAUGACUCUAUUGAGUGGGACUUCAUUGAAGAGAUCCUUAUUAGUUUUAAUUUUCCUGAGAAUUUCAUAACUCUUAUAAUGACCUACAUCAAAACUGCAAACUUCUACAUUCAGUUCAAUGGUUCCAAUGGAACUACCUUUAAAGCUGAAAAAGGCCUUAGACAGGGAGACCCUUCAAAGAACUAA